ACUAACAAAAAUUUUAUAAAAAUAAUUGCAGCUCAAGAACUAACAAGUAUUUCAGUGCAAAAUUUAAUAUAACAAAUUACAAAAAUAUAUUAAAAAUGACGCUUGUGCCCACCACGUAUGGCAGUUACGCGCGUGAACUCGAACGCCCACGUUACUACCCACCAUACGAUUUCAAUCUCUACCCCUACCACUGGGACGACGCGCGUUUGUGGUGGCCCUCUACAGAGCGACUGCUGCGUCCACUGGACGACUUGGUUACGCGUCGCGUACGUAAUCAGCUGAUACAAUCCUCAUCGCUGGACUGGCGUUAUCCCAUGCGCUGGGAGAACUACUAUGCGGGCGAGCGUGUGCAUGUGGAUGAGAAGGGCUUUCAAGUGGACAUUGAUGUGCGUCAAUUCAAGCCGCACGAGAUUGUGGUGAAGACCAAUGAUGACUAUGUGAUUGUGCAGGGAAAUCAUGAGAAGCGCAACGAUGGCAAUGGACUGGUCGAACGCCAUUUUAUACGCAAAUAUUUAUUGCCACGCGGUUUCAAUGCCAAUGAUGUGAUAUCGAAUCUCUCCUCCGAUGGUAUUCUGAGCAUCAAGGCGCCACCGCCGCCACCAACAAAAUACUACACACCGAACGAACGCCUGGUGCGUGUGCAUGAGACGGGUAAAUUGGCAUUGCCCUGGAAAUGAGUGUGUUUUGCUUGAGUGACAACAAAAAUUGAAAA